AAAGAAGAUUUCACAACAAAUAUCCAAAAGAAAAAAGACUUUACAACACCACUUUCUCAAUCCUUUGAAAAUGAAUCCAACAGUCUCUGAAAGUCUUUACAACGGUCCUGUUCUUAAUACCACCGAACAACCUGACCCUGUUAAUCAAUGCUCUAUCAUGUGA